AACUUAUAAACCUUACUAUAGUCACAGAUAAAAUACCCAAUUUUAUCUGUGCUAUAGUGUUCGGGUGUGCUGAUUACUUAUAAUAUGGCCGACCUGAACAAUAGUAUUUCUGGCGAGCCAAGUGUCUCCAAAUUUCAAGAACUUAAGUUUGUGUUCCCAGAGAUAGUCGCUGCGACCGCUGUUAGUUUUCUUUCAAUUUCUGUAGGGCUGGGAACAGCAUAUUCAGCUAUUUUAAUACCACAGUUGUCGGCAGCACAGCGAAAUAAAGAGUUAGAUGCGAUUACGCUAACGGAAACUGAAGGAGUAUGGUUUACAAGUUCGGUGGCGCUGGUAAUGCCGUUUGCCGGUGUAAUAGCGGGAGUACUGACUGAUAACUUGGGGCGAUUGAGAGUUCUCCAAAUGUCUACACUACCACAAUUUAUUGGGUGGGUUAUAAUUGCUACAGCAAGCAACACCUGGAUGUUGUUCGCAGGACGACUCGUAACUGGAUUUGCGGGUGCUUUAGUUAUUGUACCAUCAAUGGUGUACGUUUCGGAAAUAAGUUCACCGAAAAUUAGAGGCGCUCUACAGAGUAUAUCAUCUACAUUCUACAACGCAGGGCUGUUGACGACGUAUUUGAAAGGGUGGUUUUUGAGCUGGCGCGUUAUUGCAUGGUUAGCGGUUGCGUAUAGUGUAAUUUCACUUCUGUGCGUGCUGUUUAUCCCUGAAAGUUCUGUAUGGCUCUUGAAGAAAGGAAAAUCUGGCGAUGCGCAAAAAUCUUUCGAAUGGUUUACUAAAUAUCGGCAAAAGUACGAGAGCGAAACCCUAAAUGAAUCACCUCAGCUUCAAAACAUGGAGAUUAUUAAAGAGGAACCCUUCAGUUUGAAAACACGUAUACGUUGGACAUUAAAACAGUUUGCCCUUCCAACUGGCUAUAAACCAUUUCUGAUUAUGGCAGCAUUAAUGGUAAUACAGGAGUUUUCUGGUGCACAUGUAAUAAUGAUGAACGCAGUAAUAUUUUUCGAGGGCAUUGGAACUAAUUUCGAUCCCUAUUUAGCAUCAGUAUACAUGGCAACCAUGCGAGUAGGGAUGGCAGUAACACAAAUAUGGUUGAUGAGACGAUUCAACCGACGAGCACUUUUAAUGGUCAGCUGUGUGGGAAUGACGAUUUGUAUGAUAAUAUCGGCAGUGUACACCAAAUGGAUUCAAGACGGCAGUACGACAAGAAAUUGGGUGCCGUUAUGUAUGCUGAUAUUGUAUUUUAUGUUUUUCACUGGUCUCAUUAGUAUACCCUUGGUAGUAACUACUGAAGUUUUUCCCUUACCGAUACGCGGACUUGCAUCAAACUUAAUUUCUGCUAUAUUGUACAUUAUGCUAUUUGGCGCCCUUCAAAGUUUUUACCCCUUAUAUAACGCACUAGGAGGGCUAUCUGGCGUACAAUAUUUUUACGGACUUGUAUCUGCGGUAGGAUUCAUAUUCGUGUUUUUAUUUUUGCCAGAAACACAUAACAAGGAUUUGUGGGUUAUUGAGAGAUACUUUUUACACAAUACAAUGUAUUUCUCCAUGAAAGGCAAACAUUUAAUUCCGUGUCACUAAAUUUAACAUUUAAUAUUUGUGAAUAUAUAUUAAUAAUAAUAAAUAAUGGAAUUAAAGUAAUUUCUGCACAAUACAUACACCUAUCCACUACAAUUAUUAUUGAAGUGUUAGUACCUAUAGUGGUUAAUUAACUAACUAGUAAUUAACUAGUCUCCAUCAUUAUUUUAACCUUGCAAAAUACAAUAGUCAACAAAAAUGCAUCAAAUUCAUGUCUUGAGCAUUGCGAAAAUACUCUUAGUCUUUUUCCCAACUGUUUUGGUGCAUAAAUAAUGAUUUUGAGAUGCGUUGAUCAAAAUCCAUGUGGUCUCCAAAAAUGCCUCAAAUUCAUGUCUUGGGCAUCGAAAUAACGCUAUUGUUCUAUUUCACAACGAUCUUGGUGGAUGAAUGACGAUUUUGACAUGUUUUGAUCAAAAUACGUGUGACCCCAGGAAAGGAAUUCAACACCUUUAAAUCAAACACACGCGGUGACAAAAUGUGGAUGUUAAUUAUUUUAUAAUUACAUUUUGUAUAUCCAGAUUUUUGGGAUUUAAGCGUAGAAACUUAGUAAGUCAAUAGAAAGACACAGAAGUUUAUUAUAACCCUUUGAAUCAAAGGUUUACCUAUGUGUUUUUUCAAUAAGUUUUCAAAUUCUCAGUUCAAGUUUCAGGUUUUUUUUUGUAUAUACACUGCAAUAAAAUUUAUGUUCGUUACAUGUGUUUGCCGCGAAUACAGUUCACUUAUCAAUAUGUAGCCCACGGCCGCUCGCAAUAGCUUUUGAAGAUAAGAGUUUAAGACAUUUUCUAAUCCACAUCAAGGCGUGUAGUAGCGUCAGGCAGUGUAGUACGGCGAAGCCUUUUGUUAAGGUUUUCUUCGUGUGAAAAAUUAGAAGCAUCUAUCGCCCGAACGACCACCCAAAAAUUUUUUCAUCUUGUUCAUCAAACAGUUUUGUUUAUCAUCUAAUUGUGAGUUAAGUGCGUUUUAUAUCGCAAAUCUUGCACGACCAGAUUAUUUGGAUUGUUAAGAAAAAAACUGUCAGUAAUUUUAAGAUUCCUUAUUUUAUUCGUCGACCGCCUGCGUGCGGGGUAAUAUGUACAAACAAACGUC